AUUCAAAUAAACACAGUGACGUAACUGCUAACAAUGGCAGCCAGCAGUUCGGCUGUAACGGUUCUGACUCCAAACGGGAGAAGACAAACAGUAAAAGUUGCUCCAAACACACCUUUAUUACAGGUGCUGGAAGAUGUUUGCAAAAAACAUGGAUUUGAACCCAGUGAUCACGGUUUAAAGUUUCAGAGGACGGUGCUUGACCUGACGCUGCCAUGGAGGUUUGCCAACCUUCCCAACAAUGCCAAACUAGAAAUGGUGACCAGCGCAAAGAAACAAGGUGGAGCUGAAAGCCAGGUGCGGAUCGCGCUCCAGAUGGAGGAUGGAUCUCGGCUCCAGCACUCCUUCUCCUCUGGACAGAGCCUGUGGGAACUGAUUACUCAUUUUCCUCAGAUCAGUGUGUCGGACCUGUCCGAAUCUGGAGCCACUCCUGCCUGUGUUUACAUGAGAGACGAGGUGAGUGGAGAGGAAGCCUUAAAGAAAACCACUCUUAAGUCUCUGGGUCUUACAGGAGGAAGCGCCAUCGUCAGGUUUCAGCUCAAAAAGGAAAAAACAGCAGCAGAGGGAGAUAAAACUGUUGGAGUUCCAGCCACUGUAACGGAGGCCUCACCCAGCCUGUCCCCUCAGCCUGAUCAUUCUCCAUUGGUUCCAGUGACGGCUACAGAAGUUGCACCAGCUAAUAACUCAGGUCCUGAUGAGCCAUUGGAAACCCUACCUCCGCUGAUUUCAGCCAGUGCUGCAAGCUGUGUUACUGAAGAUGUUCCAAAACCUCAGGAUGUGGUUCGACCUAAAGUCUUUCCCACGGGGAGUGAAAUAGCAGUGGAGGAUGGAGAGGAAGCCGGACCUUCAGGACUGAACUCUCACUCAUCUCCGUCCUCCGCCUCUGCACCAGCAGCUCCUUUCAUUCCUUUUUCUGGUGGUGGUCAGCGCCUCGGGGGGGUGGGCGGAGUCUCUGGACGCUCGCUGUCUUCAUCUUCUUCCUCAUCUCUGUCAGCUCUCACCACAACAGUGGAGUCACCCAAAGCCAAAAAGGCCAAAUCCAGCCUCAGCUCUAGCUUUAAAACUAAAGGAGCUGCCGACCUGCAGGACUGGGAUGGGGAUAACAAGGAAGAGUUUUUAGAGCCGGUGGAUCGGGAGCCUCUUAUCUACCACAUGGACUCUGCGUCCCGUCAGACUGAGGACCACAUGGAGUUGCCCGACGAGUUCUUUGAAGUAACUGUGGAUGAUGUGCGGAAGCGCUUUGCCCAGCUGAAAAGUGAGAGGAAGUUACUGGAGGAGGCUCCCCUUCUGACUAAAUCUCUGAGAGAAACUCAAAUGAAGGAGAAAAUGGAGCGAUACCCCAAGGUGGUCCUGAGGGUCCAGUUUCCAGACAGACAUGUUCUUCAGGGUUUCUUCAGGCCUCUUGAGACAGUUGGUGUAGUGAGACAUUUUGUGAGGAGCCACUUGGAGGAUCCUCAGAUGAGUUUCUACUUGUUCAUCACGCCACCAAAAACUAUUCUCAAAGACCCUUCGGCUACACUGAUAGAGGCCGACUUGUUUCCUGGCGCUCUUGUGUACUUCGGCUCAGACGUCAAAGCAGAUUUCUACAUAAAGAGAGAUAUUCUUGAGACCUCUGUUUCAGCCCUGCAAGCCAACAAGUCCAUUGCAAGCUGCAUGCUCCGCUCUCCAGAGGCCUCUUCCACUUCUGCAGCCAUCGAGGAUCUGCCGCCGUUGCCCUCUGAAGAAGCAAUCCAUGCUGAGCCAAAGGCUGUGCAGGAACAGCCUGAACCAUCUACACAUAAACAGACUGGAUCUGAUCCUAGCAAGGUGCCCAAGUGGCUCAAACUGCCAGGUAAGAAAUAGAUCCUGUGUUUGUUGAAGAGAGAAACCAGAGCUGUAGCUGGACCUUCGCUGGCCUUCUAGAGGUCCUGAUCCACCAGAACGCUUCUGCUCCCGGCUGGUUUUAGUGGAGAUUAAAGGCUGAAGAUGGUUGCUGUGAUUCAUUCCAGUCUGUUCUUGUAAUAAAGAACGAAGUGUUAAGUGAUGGACAGAUGAUUGAAUAAAGAUUGCCGACUAAG